UUUUUCCAAUGAUGUGUUUUUUUAUUUGUGUUUUUGAACAUUUGAAUUUGCUUGUUUGAUAAUACCAUAUUGUUACAGAUAGGCAUUACGGCGAAUACAAAUUUUGUAAAAAAAUAACACUAGAACAAAUGUUUUUUUUACAUAUUGCUUAGCUUACACAUUUUUUGUCAUCGAGUUCAAAGUGUAAUAAUAAAUGUAUCGGUAGCUUUUGUGUAAACACAAGAUUUAGGUAAACCUGAACGUAUCCAAAUGUAUAUUUAAAACAUGAAAAGAUGAAUCAUGGCGAAUGUACACAUUAUAUUGUGUACUUUUACAUACAGUCUGUAGUUAACAGAUGUAUUACUACUGUCAAAAUGAAUAAUAACUCAUUGACAGUGAUGAUGUGAAACAGUUUAUUUGUAUAGUAAAUGAUUUAAUUUGAUUUUGUUUUAUAGAAGAGGGCUAAUCUUCGAUUUACUAAAAUUAUAAAAAAAACAACAUGUGACACUGUAAUCAAUUCAUCUAUAUUGUUAUGGAUAUAAGUGUCAAAAUAGAAUGUUUGUAACGGGUUGGUUCAAGAAAAACUUAUCCGAUUGACAUAUAAAAAUGAAACGUGUUUGUGUUUUGCUACCACUGGUCUUUGCUAGUGUUUUAGCAGGUCGCCCAAUGUCCUAUGAGCAAAAGGUCUAUACCACAAACAUAAUAAUCGAGAGUGCAGAACAUGUGUUUCCCCAAGUACUUAGAAAAAUUGUUCGUGAAAAUCAAUCGAUGGAAGAACUAGUUAUCAUGUUUGUUGUACCGGAAAAGGCAAAUAUUGAAAACGAGUUGAAAAAAUACUUAGAUAACGAAACUAAUCUGCAAAAUGAAAUAACCGCCGCCCUAUAUCAUGUAGAUAAUUCUGCAACGAGCUCCGAGGGUAAUCCACUAUUAGUUGAUCCACCUAUCUCUAACCUCAUUACACUUGGACAAACGAGAAGAGAUCUGACUUUAAACGUUCCAGAGUUUUUAAUCGAUACUAUAGGAUUAAAUCGAACGCAUGAUGAAGAUUACAAAAAUAAACACAUGAUGUGUCGUUUAAAAGGAUUGGUUAAAAGUAUGGCUGAGCCAUUUAAUUAUAUAAUAGAAUAUGCAUUAGGGGAAACCUUGAAAUCAACGGGUCGUGUAAUUUGUAAUCUAACUACUAUACAUAACGAUGUUGUGUGGGAUUUAGUAUGAUAGAUAACUGCAUAAGUAGUCGUUAAUAGAAAGUAUAAAAUAAAAUUCAUUAAUAGUAAAAAGUAUUCAAAAUUGCUUCUCAGUUAUUAUAAUUUAGACCAGGAAUUUAAGAGAUAAUUCAUUACAAAAAAUACAGCACUAUUGUUAUUCUAUUAAAAUAAUUAUUCCAAACCGCACU